UUAGUAUAAUUAAAUUUCGGUUACAUUAAUUUACUAACAAAAUUGAAGUAAAUAAAAGCAAAAUCCCUCCCAUUUAUAAUAUUUAUAUAAAAAAAUAAAAUUAAAAAAAGGGAGAAAGAGAAACAUCAGAGUUGGGGGACUCUCUCUCUUCCAACUUUAAACAAUUCAAUUCAAUUCUUCAUAAAACUUUAAGCACCUCCUUCUACAGGCGCUAUCUCUUCCUUUCUCUUUCUCUCUUUCUCUCAGUCUAACCAAAAAUGAAGACCAAUGCCAACAACACCAAGCUCAUACUACUCCACCCUUCCAUCCAUGCCAAGCAAACCCCUACCGCCGGUUCCCACCGACUCUGGCUCAUCUUCUUCGUAACCUUCUUCACUUUAGCAUUCACUAUAACCCUUUUCAAUUCCACCAUCCCCACCGGUGCUGCACUCCGCAACCACGCCUCAUCUUCCUCCUUCCCCGGCCUCGAUUCCACUGCCCCUCUCCCACGUUCCGUCGCCGACGCCUUACUUCACUACGCUGCCAUGUCCAACACAUCUGGCUUCGGACCAGCCAUGACUUCCGCCGAGAUUAACGCCGUAGCAACCGCACUACGCCACUGUGGCGGAACACCCUCCGGCUGCAACUUUCUCGUCUUCGGUCUAACCCACGAAUCACUUCUCUGGCAAGCCCUGAACCACAACGGCCGUACUGUCCUCCUCGACGAGAGCGAGUUUCUAGUCUCGAAAUUCGAACAGUCUCACCCGGGAAUCGAAGCCUACGACGUUCAAUACACCACUAAGGUCAAGGACUCGUCGACCCUACUAGCGGCGGCGAAAUCUCAGGUCCGUGAUGAGUGCCGCCCUGUUCAGAACCUUCUCUUCUCAGAUUGUAAACUGGGUAUUAACGAUUUGCCCAACCACAUAUACCAAGUACCAUGGGAUGUUAUUCUCGUUGAUGGACCAAGAGGCUAUUUCCCGGCGGCACCUGGCCGGAUGUCGGCAAUAUUCACUGCCGGAAUUCUGGCCAGGAGUAAAACAGACGGUGCAGCGAAAACCCAUGUGUUUGUUCAUGAUUUUGAGAGACAGGUAGAAAAGGUUUUCAGUGAAGAGUUUCUCUGCGAUGAGAAUUUGGUUGAGAAAAUCGAUUCUUUGGGCCAUUUCGUUUUGGGUAAAAUGCAGUCUCAGAGUUCUAAGUUUUGCGCAAAUUCAACCAAGUCAUCGUUUUCGAAAACGACGUCGUUGUCGUCCGGCUAAGAGUCGAUUGAUGAUUUCAAAACGGGAAAUUGUAAUUACGUUUUUCCAUUAUUACAUAGUUUUUUUGUUUAUUGUAAAUUAAAUUAUAUUUAAAAGAAACUUGAGUUUGGGACGCGGUAA